AUGGGGACCCUUCGAACCGCAUACCGGAUUUCUACAUUUUCAACUCCAACCCUGACACGCUCAGCGAAUCAGAUACCUGGUAUCAUCUUGCGACAGGCAAGAUGGAGCUCCUCAACGCCAAUCUCGAAGUUGGUCUUCCCUGAGGACGACGGCGCCGAACCGAGCGAAUUGCGACACCUUCACCUCGACGGUUCUGAUUCGAAACAUUAUCCAUCGUACGAUUCGGCUUCAAAUUUUCAAACUGCCUUACGUCAGGUCUUCCUCGACUGGAAGUCGGCGCCGAACUCCCGCGCUCCGUCGCCGCUCGUCCUAUCUUUCACUCCGGCACCAACGUAUACGCUUGGCCGCCGCCAAAAGACCUUACUACCCGAGCAGCUGGAACGACUUCAACAGCCUUUGACUGUCAUCGAAGAGAUGAAGGUCGCGGCAGAGAAGCAAAAUGGCGGAACAAGUUCAGGAGAGCAGCAAUUCACGCCCGAAGUCAUUGAGACAGAUCGCGGCGGAUUGACAACAUAUCAUGGACCUGGGCAGGUCGUCCUGUGGCCGAUACUGGAUCUGCACAGCAAAUACUAUCCCCGCCUGACCGUCCGAUCCUACGCGCGACUUCUAGAGGAGACCACACAAGCGAUCCUCGCCGAUGGACCUGGGGUCCAGACGUACCUCUCCGAGGACGAUCCGGGAGUUUGGGCCGAGGCCGCAAGGCAGCGAACAGGAGGGCAGGAGCGCAAGAUUGCCGCCAUGGGUGUUCACCUUCGCCGUCAUAUCUCUGGGCUCGGCACGGCGCUUAACGUGGACGUUGCCGUCGACGGCGACGAGGCAUUCAAUCCUUGGGCGAGGUUCGUGCCGUGCGGACUCGAAGGUAAAACCGCCACCAGUGUCAGAGCCGAACUCGGCGAGGAUUCCUGGAGGCAGUUGAGUCUUGCUGGCGAUGGCAAGACGAAGAGAGAAUGGUAUGCUCGCCGGUGGGCCGAGGAGCUUGCAAAGCGCCUCGGAGUCGGCAUUGCGCCGACGACAGUGCAUCAACGACUUGGAUGA